CAUAACAUGGAUUCAUUGAAAUUAUGUUUGCUCKUUGUUUCUCUUCUCUCAUCUCCAUCUACAGAAGAUGGAAUUUACAAAGACGGUCAAGUCAUUAUUGGCGCUCUGUUACCAGUCCGAUACCAAAACGAGGAUGGCUCAUGCGGACAGUUGGGACAUGAUGGACUUGCCUAUGUGGAAGCAGUGUUGUAUGCMAUAGAAAAAAUAAACAAAGAUAACUCCCUCUUGCCAAAUGUGACUUUGGGAUAUGAUAUAAUAGACAUUUGUACAAGCCCAGCAUCGGCAAAUACCAUGGCAUUCGAGUUUGUUUCUAGAAAUAAAGCUACAAAACUCAARUACCAAGUCAAAGACACGGCGGAUAACUUCAAAAAAUACUUUGGAAUYCUUCGRAAGCCKAUUGCAGCAGUUGUGGGAACUGGAGAUUCCAGCAGCUCUGUAGUUGUCGCCAGCAUGUUGAAUAUUGAUGAUAUUCCUCAAGUCAGCCCGUUUGCCACUAGUGURGAACUSAGYCAGCCCUAUUUCAAGACUUUUUUCAGGCCAGUUCCACCAGACGGGCAACAAGCCAAAGCCCUCGCUGACCUUGUAGACUAUUUCAAAUGGAAAUACGUUUACGUAGUUGGUGUUGAUACGUCGUAUGGGAGAUACGGUCUGAUGGCCUUUGAGAAUGAAGCAUUACAAAGAGGCACGUUUUGYAUAUCUCACAUAUCCUACUUCCCAUCAUCCGGUUACCAGCAAAUAAUGAAAUCGAUAGUUUCAAAAAUCAAACUUGCGUCGAAUGUGAAAGUGGUAGUCUUAUGGGGUGACAUUGCUAUCUCGAUUCGUUUUAUAGAAGAAGCGUACAGGCAGGGCAUUACCGGACGAACUUGGCUUGCACCUGAAGGUUGGUCCGAGGCAACACCUYUMUUUAAAAACAAAUACAUGAAAAUAAUUGGAGGAUUUAUGGGAACAAAACUGCGAAACUACAACCUAGAUGCAUAUUUUCACCAUUUUACCAGCUUGAACUAUUCAUCUACAAGAGUUCAGAACCAUACUUGGUGGAGAGAGUACUGGAUGAUCCAGCAAAACUGUAAAAACAUYUUGACAUGCGACUUUAAAAACUUUCGCAUCACAGAAAAACGAUAUAACGACAUGUACACUGCCUACCUCUCUUACGUAAUUGACGCCGUCUAUGUUAUUGCCCAUGCUCUACAUGAUAUAUACCGCUGCCGUGGGAAUGGUUGCCCUAGDACUGAACCAUUUAUUGAUACAAAAGACAUUUUAAGAUACAUGCGCAAUGUAACSUUCGAAGGAGUAACGGGAAAAGUCGAAUUUGAUAAAAAUGGAGACUCCAUUCGUUCGACCGCCUAUGAUAUUGUUAAUUUACACGCAGGGACAACUGCCCCUCAGUUGRAGAUUAUUGGCACAUGGGAUCGAGGCAAGGCAAGGCGAUUAAAKAUAAGCAACARUUCGUUGUAUUGGAACAACGGYWCYAACAAKGUUCCAGUAUCRRUAUGYAAAGAACCUUGUCCACCAGGGYACAUGCAGACARUGACAGUAGCAUGCUGUUGGAAGUGCAUCCGCUGCCCAGWUGGUUUUAUMAGUCAACAUUACAGUUCUUUGUACUGUACGGAGUGUCCAAUUGACAAAAUGCCCGACCAAGAUCGGACAGAGUGCAUUGACUUGCCAGAAGUGAAURUCUCAUUUYWUGAUUCUCAAUCMAUUGUUCUCCUCGUGGUGGCGGCCAUCGAGCUUAUUUUGGUUCUCUUUGUCCUKUACAUCGGCUUGAAAUAUCGAAAUACRCCAAUUGUCAAGUCUUCCAAUCGAGAAAUGAGYGUCUUAUUUCUUUUCGGUAUAGUCGUUGGUAUAGUAUCUGGAGUUAUCCUCSUUGCUCGCCCUACACCGUUGAUUUGYUACUUCAACAACCCUCUUCAUGCCCUCUACUAYACGCUAUGCUUAUCGAUUCUAAUCGUCAAGACCAACCGAYUGGUUCGAGUGUUUGAAUUCAACUUUGUCUCUACAAGACUUAGUCAACUCUGUAAUCUUAAGAAUGCGCAAUUUGUGAUUCUGUUCUKUUUAAACGUGACAUCAAUAGUAUUGGUGACAUUAUGGCAUGUGCUCGACCCACCUUAUGUUCACGUUACAACGGAACGUUUUAAGUCAAAGCACUUAGGAUGCAGAGGACAUAAGAGAACUGUUGGCCUUGCUCUUCAAGCAUCAUUGUAUGCAUACCAGUUCAGUCUGUCCAUCUUCUGUGCUUACUACGCGUUCAAGGCCAGGAAUCUACCAGCAAAAUUUAGCGAAGCACGUUACAUUGCCUUUGCAAUGUACAUGCAACUUCUGUGUUCGAUGUGCUAUGCUAUAUUGCAAAACACUGUGAAGGGGAACUUUUUAACAAUUUUCUCGUCCGCAAUCGUAAUUGUAAGUUCCUUUGGCUUCCUUGUAUGCAUGUUUGCUCCAAAGGUCUACAUCAUUCUGAAAUUCCCUGAGAAAAAUACUGUGAAGUACGUAAAAUCAUCUGUGGCAAAUCAUUCMUUUCAAGGAAGCUUUCAUAAUAUUAUAUCGCUCGGUGUUGUUAAUGGAGCAAAUGUGCGUAGUAGUCAUAGCAACAUGAAGGAAGUAAUAAGCAAUAGCCAUUCAAAAGCCUCCGCUAGAGUAAACACAGASGUUGGUGAACGCCGCGAAGACCCCAAUGGAGUUGUUGCCAUAGAAACAGAAAUCUGCAAUUACAACGACUCCGGCAGAGUUUCCAACGAUGGGAAGAAAGCUGAAGACUGYAACAAAAGUUCCGAUACCGUUGUCAAGAAACGAACAAGUUUAGAUGUUCCAAMAAAUGGAGGUAUUUUUGAGGCCACUAUUCCUCACCAACAGGAAAUGAAUUCUUGGCCAAAAAACACAUAUCAAGUGUAUUUCAACCAAGUYCAAUCAAUACCAAAAAGAAAAAUCAGAAUAGUGAUCGAGAGACCGCCCAUUUUUGAACAAGAAAUACWAAAUACCAAAAAUCAAGAUGACACACACUUGUAA